GCAGCACUGUCGCGGGGUAGUUGACUCAGAAGAAGAAGAAGGUACCUGAGGUGCCUGCUUCUUAUCGGUCCUGUUGUUGUCAUCUAUACGAUAUUAAGCAUGGCACAGUGGGGUGCCAUACUCUCAAUAAUCGCAGCUCUUGGAGGAGCAGCACUCUUAGCCUCUGUGCACAAGAUCGAAGAGGGGCACACUGGAGUUUACUACAGGGGAGGGGCUCUCCUGACUGCCACCAGUGGCCCUGGUUUCCACCUUAUGCUCCCAUUCAUCACCACCUACAAGUCUGUUCAGACAACACUGCAGACGGAUGAGGUGAAGAACGUACCAUGCGGCACAAGUGGAGGGGUGAUGAUUUACUUUGACCGCAUCGAAGUGGUGAACUACCUCGUUCCAUCAGCAGUGUAUGAUAUAGUGAGGAACUUCACAGCAGACUACGACAAGGCUUUGAUAUUCAACAAAGUUCACCAUGAGCUCAACCAGUUCUGCAGCGUUCACUCACUGCAGGAGGUCUACAUCGGCCUGUUUGACCAAAUUGAUGAAAACUUGAAGUUGACUCUUCAAGAAGAUCUCACAUCGAUGGCACCUGGACUCAUCAUACAGGCGGUCCGUGUCACAAAACCCAACAUUCCAGAGAGCAUUCGGAGGAACUACGAGCUCAUGGAGAGCGAGAAGACAAAACUGCUGAUCUCUCAACAGACACAGAAGGUUGUGGAGAAGGAGGCAGAGACUGAAAGGAUUAAAGCUGUAAUAGAGGCUGAGAAAGUGGCACAAGUGGCAGAAAUCAAGUUCGGACAGAAAGUCAUGGAAAAGGAGACGGAAAAAAGAAUCUCUCAAAUCGAAGACAGUGCUUACCUGGCCCGGCAGAAAGCCAAAGCAGAUGCAGAGUACUACACAGCCCUGAGAGCUGCUGAGGCCAAUAAGCUGAAGCUGACACCAGAGUACCUGCAGCUAAUGAAGUACAAGGCCAUCGCAGCCAACAGCAAAAUCUACUUUGGGAACGACAUACCCCAGAUGUUUGUGGACUCUGCCUCUGCGGGGAGCUCUAUCAAGGCCUCCGCAGCCAUGGACAUUGUUGGUGAGCAGAUUCUGGACCUGGAUUAGCGAGGCAAGUGGUGGGACCCAGAGGACCACCUAGAGGUGGAGGACGAUCUGCUGGAAGGUAGAAGUCCAGCACACAGGCCGGCUGGUUGGUUGGCGGGCAGGUUCUCCAGUGGCCCAAACAAGCUCUACUGGCCAGGGCCUCUAUUUCUCAAACAUCUUAGAAUCACUGCUAGAAAUCACAUCGGAAGUUUCACUAGGAUGUGAAGUUCUCCAGAUAAUUUGUGUUUUUUUUUAAGAGCAUUCCUUUGCAUUUACUCUGUCCUGAUUGCGAGUGGCAUCAUCUAGAGGCCAAACUUUAAAUUGGACUAAAACUGCUUCCUCUGUGGUAGAACAACGAGCUCCUUUAAGAGCUCUCUGUAGCUCAGCUCCCAUGGUCUGUGCAUACAGUAUCAUAAAUCCACUGUGUGUUUAUACUACACUUUUCAUCCAUGUCACACAUUGAAGAAACUGCAAAAUUCUUAAUGGAAAUUAUCGAUCUCUCAUCCUAAUCAAGCUUUUAGGUGCAGUAAAUUGAGUCACCAACUUCUAAAAUCUUGGUUAUUUAAUUCCCAUUUUUCAUUAACUGACUCUUGGCUAAACCCCACUAACCUAAUGCUGACUUCAAAUACAGUCAUAUUCACUGUAUCUAUAUUGAUAAGACUCAUAUUUUUUUUAUCGUCAUCCGUUUUCCUUCUGUGUGUUUGGUUUGACUCAUACUGUGCAGUCAUCUUUCUGUGUUCCUACACACUCCACUUCAGUACAAUUAUUCAGUGGAAUUUAGCAAACAGUCAAACAACUUCCCAGAAACGAGUCUUGCCGUUACACUAAAUAUAUUCGAAAUCAAGCAGACACUGACAUGACCUGCAUUACUACAGGAUAGGUAAAAUGCUCCGUCACCGGCAAUGGUCCGCCAGCUGUGGUUUCCUUCUGAUCUGCUUGAAAAGUAUGGGCCCUGGCCACAAAUACAGGCUUGAUACAGGGAUGAAGAAUGUACUGUGGUAGCUGCUGACUGUCAAAUGUAAUAUCAUCACUGCAUUUGUAUGUAUGUUUUUUUUUUUUUUUAAAUGACUUCUAAGCACAGCUGAUCUACUGAAUGUUCACUGAAUUUGUACAACUGUAUUAAGUUGGACCACAUUUUCUGUAUAUGUGUGUGUAGCACUUGUUUUAUUUUUUAUUCACGCAGGGUUACAUGUCAGGGCUACAUUUGAAUGAUUUCAGAUUAAGACUAAGGCUGGGUUUCAUCGUUCGUUUUGAUCAUUCAAAUCAAUCUCCCUGUUUCAAAGAUCUGUCAUGGGAUUAUAAAACCCUCUGAUCAAUUUGAAAAGGAGAGAAGAAGAAGAAGCCAUCUCUGCCUUCCCUUGUUGGACAUCUCGCUGCAGUUUCGCAAUGUUGCUUUCACAAGGCCCACCUUGUGAGACCAAUACACUGACAUUAAUGUAGACUUGAGGGACAUCCACAACAUGACGAGCUCCAACUCUGAGAGCACCGUAACAAUACCCAGCCCUGAUUAUGACACAAAAACCUGCCUUUAUGGGCCAGCUUUCAUAACCAAACUAUAGCUUUCAUAAGACAGAUCUUAGCUGUGAAACUGUAUCAUGGAAGUAACAUUUGCAGGAUGCGUAUAGUGAAUUGCCUUUGAGCCUAUUGUCAGCAUGAUACAGCACCGGAGGAGAAAGAACUUGUACAUGUUGAAAACCACUGACUGAGAAAGGAGUCUGUGAGUCACCGUGCGUCUACAGAAACCUCGACAUUAUGAGGACUUAAAACCAGAGUCAUUAAAUGUGCGAACACUUGCGUACUCUGCAAGUCAUCAGUAAAGCAGGUUUCGUGUGCUUUCCGGGAUGUUGUCAAAUUUCUUGUGGCAUUACAUCAACAACGUUUUGGACCAAAAGUUGCAGUAAUUUUCCAAAGUAGGCAAAGAACUGACUCAUUUAGUUUUGUUACUCAAAGUGAAGUAUUGGUUCCAGAUGUGGCGUUGGUCAUGUUCGAACAUUUCUUCUAAUUUACAUCAAGUUUUUAUCAAGCAUUAAUAUCAUCACUCUCUAAUGGUGGACCAGUCUGCUCUCAAAGUGACUUCUCGUGUCUUCAUUUUUAUUCAGACAUCACGGAUCAGUUAAAACUUGACACAGACUUUACAGGCAAAUGUUUUUGCACUGAUUUCAAUUGUGAAUGUACAAUCAAGAUAUUGUCUUACGACAAUAAAGUUCAGUUUUAUUCUUUGAGAAGUUAAUGGCAUUAUGAAGAUCUUUCCUUCAAGUACAGUGUGACAUAUAGGAUGUUUCAAUAAAACACUUGUUUUGUCUAAUUAAACUUAUUUUACGCGUA